AUGCCAGGGAUGUGGGCAGUCGACAGCGGUGCGACGCAUCACAUCUGCAACGACAAGGCCAAGUUUGCAAGUCUGAAUGAGCGAGAGGAAGGCGAACUAUCAGUGGCUGAUGGCAUCAAGGCUGCGAUCAAGGGUGUAAGAACCAUCAUGAACGGGUGGUUCUGCCCAAUGGUGACCAACACGACAUCGAGAUCAAGGACGCACUGUUCGUACCAAGCAUGA